AUGAAACGGAUGUGGACCACAUAUUCCGUAAUAUUUUUUUUUGUUAAGUACUACGCAUUUCUUAUCAAGGAGUGUACAGUGGGAAUUUUUUUUAAUGAUGAUCUGGACGAACUGAUAUCUCCAUCUUCAAGUAGUGUUGCCUCAGUGGAGUCUGAAGGUGUUGGUGAGGUCGCGAUUGAGCCGCACAGAACGGGGAACAUCGACACUGGCGCAGCCACCAACAUGUGGUGUUGGCUGCAUCCAGGCAUUGACGCGUCAUCUUUACGGUACAGGAGGACCGUUUUUGAGUGGAGCUCGUAA